CCCCACCGGCCGGCGUUUCCGGGGUAACGGCGAGCGCGUAGGGCAGAGGAAGUCUUUAAAGAACAGUUACCUUGGAAAAUGGCAGAGGCAGUUUUCCGUCCCCCAAAGAGGAAAAGAAGAGUGUACGAGAGCUAUGAGUCUCCACUGCCGAUCCCUUUCGGUCAGGACUGUGAUCCUAAGAAGGACUUUAGAAUAUUCCGGGCCGAGAUGAUAAACAACAAUGUGAUUGUGAGGAACGCAGAAGAUAUGGAGCAGCUCUACGGGAAGGGUUACUUUGGAAAAGGUAUCCUGUCCAGAAGCCGUCCAGACUUCACCAUUUCAGAUCCUAAGCUGGCUGCUAAAUGGAAAGAUAUGAAGACAGACAUGCCUGUAAUCACGUCGAAAAAGUAUCAGCGUAGCGUGGAAUGGGCCACAAACCUCAUGCAAAGACAAGGCCAGGAUGAGAGCACAGUGCAUAGACUCCUUGAGGAUUACACAAAGCCCCUUGAGCAUCUUUGUCUGCAAAGGAAUGAAGAGAUCCCGUUGUGUAAUGAGCUGAACUCUGAAAUGGUUACCGAAACGGAAGGCACAGCAGAUAGAGAGAAACUUUCUGCCAUGAAUGGGGUUGCAGGAAAGUCGCGCGAUCUGGAAGAUCCCAGCAAGCGAUCAGACCGCCUGCAGGAGGGCUCUGGGCCUGACCCGAUACCUGCCCACGGCUCUGGUGAACACGCGGCGGAGGCCACCGCUCCCCUGCCCCAUGUCGGCUGCGGCAAACAGGAUGUUCUCCUCCCGCCCUCUGGCGCUCGGCCUGGGGACAGCAGCCAACGAGCGGGUCUGGUCCCGGCCAGAGAGAGAGGGCCUGGGCACCUCUACGUGCUGGUGGAGGAAGUCGUGUGUGCCGUGAGUGAGAGGGAAGACACCCCCGGUGGGGACUUGUCGCCAAAAAAGAGACUGAUAUGCAGAAGAAACCCAUUUAGGAUCUUUGAGUACUUGCAGCUCAGCCUGGAAGAGGCCUUCUUCCUGGUCUAUGCUCUGGGAUGUCUAAGUGUUUACUACGAGAAGGAGCCUUUAACGAUCGUGAAGCUCUGGAACGCCUUCCGUGUAGUUCAGCCCACGUUCCGGACUACGUACAUGGCGUACCAUCACUUCCGAAGCAAGGGCUGGGUGCCCAAAGCGGGACUUAAGUACGGAACAGAUUUGCUGUUGUAUCGAAAAGGCCCUCCAUUUUACCACGCAAGUUACUCUGUCAUCAUCGAGCUGGUGGAUGACCGUUUUGAGGGCUCUCCUCGCAGACCUCUCAGCUGGCGGUCCCUGGCUGCCUUGAGCAGAGUUUCAGUCAGUGUCUCCAAGGAAUUUAUGCUGUGCUAUUUGAUUAAACCCUCCGCCAUGACUGACAAGGAAAUGGAGUCACCAGAAUGUAUGAAACAAAUUAAAGUUCAGGAGGUGAUUCUAAGCCGUUGGGUUUCUUCACGGGAGAGGAGCGAUCAAGACGAACUUUAACAACUCAGCCUCAGGUUUCUGAUUUCACCAGCAAAAUAUUACUGAGUCUCCUGUAUAAGCCAAGUUCAGGGCGAGGUAAAGAGUCCUUUUAUUGUAAUGCCCAUUAAUGUAAAAGUUGUAAAGGGCGUGGCACUCCCAACACCAGAAAGUGUUAGUGUGUUAAAAGUUCAAAUUACACAGGCGAGAAGAGCCCUGUGCGGGCUGCAGCUUCUGUCCUUGGAUCGCUCACUCGCGGACCCCGGGCCGCUCGCCUCGGGGCCUCGUCCUUUCCGUGAGCGGGCGGGACUAGGCCAGCCCCAAGAGGACUCUCCGACCAACAGGCAACUUCCGUGACUCUCUGAUUUGACCUGAGAUGGUAGUUUCUCUCCAGGCGGCUCUGCAGUUUUCGGGGCACCACUGUGCCCCUGCCUCUCUCAUUACCCGUGAUGUCCAGUCUGUCCUGGAAGAGGGGCCUCUGUCCGCAGGUCUCCAGCUCUCCAGGAACGUCAGCCAAUUUCGCAAACAUGGGAAAUUCCAUUUACUGUCUACCAAGGAUUUCUGUAUCAUAGGAAGCAUUUUACAACAAGUUACCUCAUUAUUUAAUUCUCAGUGAACCCAUUGGAGGGCAUGUUGUGUAGAGUACACCACAGUA